GGAGAUUCUGCAUCUCUAAAGCCGUCGACAGCACCAGCACCAGCCGAAUUACCGUUGUCAAAGAUUUCACCUUUAUUGGCCCCCUGUACAAGAAGCCUGUCCAACGGCGAAGACGGUGAACAUCCAAGUGAAUUACGUACAAGCGAAACUCCGGCAGCGUCAAGCCCGAAGCUCGUUUCUGUGCAUACUGGAGAAGACAAUAGUCAAAUUGAGAAAAAGAUCAAUAUGAUCACCAAGUCCAAUAUUAAAGGCGAAAAUGAAAACGAAAACAAUCGAAACCAAGAGGAACACGUGGACGAUCACAAGGCCCGCGACCGUGUGGGUAAGACCGUGGUAGCCGCAAGCACUACUACUACUUUCGCUUCCCCUGGUGGAGGGAGUACUACAACUUUCGCUUCCCCCCUGCAGCAGCAACAUGACCGUGAAUCUCUGAGCCAUGAUGAUGUGUUUCACUCUCCGUGCUGUGACGAUCAAGUUCCAGUUUUUGCGUCUAACGAUUUAUUGAUGACAGAACAAGCUCCUGCAGCGAUGAACUUGAACAUCAAUCCAGAGCAGCGAAUGCGCAAGGACGCCACGGGUCCUGGGCGGGAGAGGCCAAAUCUUCGAGUUGAGGUUUUUAUUGACAACAAGGAGCAAGAACAGGAAAACAAAGAUGAGCGUCGGCUGCAGUUACAAGAG